AUGCCGCUCAGUACUGGUUCUAUCGUCGGCAUAGUAUUCGCGGUCUUGGGUUUCCUCGCCUCUCUCUCGAUACACUAUUAUUUCCUCCGACGCAAGGAAAAGAGGGAGAAAGAAAAAGAAGAAAGAGAAAAGGCAGAUCUCGAGAAAGGAAAGUCGGACGGUUCCACCCCUACGGUCGAGCCACAAGGCCUUACUGCUAAGCCGGAGCUCGAAGGCACCAUGCUCGGCGCCGUGAUGCCCAAGAUGGAACUCGACUCGCAGCCCAUCGCCGAGCUUCCCAAUAUAUCGCAUGUGAGAGAGUUGGAUGGAACGCCGUCCGUGUCUGGGUCUCAGCUUGACCCGAAUUCAGCGACUACGGCAACGAGUGCGGAUCCUCUUCUGCCGGCGUCGACUAAACAACACGAUAUCACAUACGAAUUACCUGGAUGA